CACAACAAACCUCGCCUCACUCACUCCUCCUCCCCGCAGGCUCUCGUGUGCAACCGCUCGGUUCCCAGCCUGACAAGGGUUCCCUUCUUAUCAUUGUUGUCCGUCUCAGCUCUCGGCAGCGAUAUCCUCUUCGUGGCCUGGGACAGCGCUGUGGUCCCAAGCCCCCGAAACCUCUCUACCCUACGACCGACUCGAAGCCGGCUUUGCCGACGCGCUCCUCCAGCCAACGCCAUCCACCACGUCGGCCCCCUCUGAGCGACCUCAUCGCCUGGCGUGCACGAUACCGCAGUGCUUCGAAGUGGUCGACGCCCUCGUUGACAGUGUUGUCCCUCGCCAACACAAGUAGCAUACCAUUGAGCAGUCAUCGACGGCCAAGAUGGACGCGCUGUUCCUCAAAGACCGCUGCGAUGCCCUCCGUGAAGGGGGCUUCACAAACUUCUUUGUCUCCAUCCUCAUCAUCCUCGGCAUCCUCAUGUCCUACCUGCUCCAACAUGUGCGGAUCAUCUCGCGAGGCACCUCGGAGGGGAUUUCUCCAUACUUUGUCCUGCUCGGGGUCACGUCCGCCAACGCGCAGUUUGGCAACAUCCUUACGCUCCCCGAGUCGCGCGCCGACGUCAUGUGCUGCAAGGAAGUCAGUCCUUUCGAGUGCACCGCGGGUGUGCUCGGCAUCGUGCAAAUCGGCACGCAGUGGAUUUGCUUUGCUGUCAUACUAUUGCUUUUCCUUGUCUUCUUCCGCCGAGACGACGCCGACGUGGACGAGGAGGAACUCGAGCAGGACCCAGACAAGCCUACCUGGCGGACCGCCCUGAUAGUGGCAGUGGUGUGCAUCGUGCAUGGUUUUGCCGUCGUCAUUGUGUCUGCUUCGCUGUCUCUGGGGGCUCCGCAAUACCUGCUACCCUGGGCCAACUUCCUCGGUAUCUCUGCUGCCGUGCUCGCGGCGGUCCAGUACUUUCCGCAAAUCUGGACCACCUACAAGCUCAAGCACGCCGGAAGCCUGAGCAUACUCAUGAUGUGCAUCCAAACCCCCGGAGGAUUCCUCUUUGCCGCUAGCCUGGCUGCACGGCUCGGCUGGGGCGGCUGGAGCUCGUGGGGUGUGUACGUCCUGACCGCCUUCAUGCAGGGCAUCCUACUGGUCAUGGCCAUCCGUUACGAGUGGCAGGCAGUUGAAAGGAGCAAGCAACAGACCGCUGCCGAGCGUCCGUCCUACAACCGGCGGACCACCCCGAGGGUGCUUCCCUCCCCCGGACCGUAUUCGGCUCAUCUCCAAGCCUACGGUGACACACAAGAGGAAAUUGAGCGGGCGCUUGACCGCGAGAGUGUACAGGGCAUGGGCGAGGACCAGCCUCUUCUUGCGCCUGGGGGCAUCGGAAGCUCCGGGACACGAUGAUCGGGACCCCAAACAUCAAAAACGUUUGUGAAGGGUUGUUCUAUUUUGUAACGAUUCGAAUUGCCCCGUUGUUUUAUUGGACCAAAUUGUCUUGGGGGGUUGCUAUUGUAUAUAUUCUUCUUAUUCUACUCGAGUGGGCUUGUCCACAAUAACAUGCCAUGCCUGUGGCCUGAAUCACGCUAUCGGCUGACUCUGCAAAACGCACGAGAGCUCAUGAUGCGACUCUGGGCAUAGAGAGCGUGACUUGCUGUAUGUCAAAAGUUGAACAGACCAAUCCCUCGUCCGACCUAACGGGACCGUUCGGCAUCACUGUGCUUUUCGUCAAGUGGAAGCUUCACUCAGCUAGAGGGGCACACUGUAGGCACCAG